UCUUACCACUGGCUCAGCCAACGGAAAACUUGUUGAACUCUUUUCUGGAGUUACAAAGUUCAAUAACAAAUGGGGUCCUUUUGACGUAUUAUUAUGCGUUGGCGAUCUGUUUGGUGAAAAUGCGGACGAAAUAAACCGUUUGUUAUCAGAGGAAAUAAAAGUUCCAAUAACAACAUAUUUUAUGCAUGGUAAACAUGAGUUGCCGAAUAUCGUAAAAGAACGUGUCGAAAACAAUAAUGGGGAGUUGUGUCAGAACCUUUUCUAUCUUGGUAAUCAAGGUAGCAUGACCACAACGCAUGGCGUAAAAAUCGCCUUUGCGAGUGGUAUCUUAGAUUCUACUAUAAAUAAUCCCCCUUCUGAUGUAGAUAUACUUCUCACAUAUGAAUGGCCCAAGGAUAUCACCCGUUUAUCUUCGCAGGAGGUUACUAAUGUAUCGGGGUCAACAUACGUGGCGCAAUUAGUGGAAAAAGUCAAGCCGAGGUAUCAUUUUGGUGCUUCUGAGAAAGUUUUCUUCAAAAGAGAACCUUAUCAGAACACUCCAUCAACGAGCGAAAAUGACGAUACACAAUUAAAGAUGGGAAUUCCUACUUGGUUUGUAGGGCUGGCUGAAGUUGGUAACUCAGAAAAGGAAAAA